AUGAGGUUUCAUAGACGUUGCGGGGACAGAGUUAGCCUUUUAAAUGGCAAAACAACAGCUAUAAGAAAUUUCGUUGAGUUCAACCACGGUUUAAUAUUCAGUGCGGAUCCUUUGACCGACGACGUUAUAUUCGAAGUUUGCAUCGAUAGAAAGGUAAAUGUUUGGAAUGGAAGCCUCGAGAUUGGUGUCACAACUCUUGACCCUGAGUCUAUGGAAUUGCCAGCCACGGCCACCAAGCUCCGCAACACAGCAUGGAUAAUGUCUGGCAGCUCUGUAGUGAAGGAUGGCGUUACAAUAAUCAACUCAUAUGGACCGAAACUGGACAGCCUCCAUGAGAGUGAUUGCCUUGGUGUGAUGAGAACUAGUAAGGGCGAAUUAAUGUUCUAUGUGAACGGACGGUGUCUGGGUUGUGCCGCGAAGGACAUGCCACCACGGCUCUUUGCUGUAAUAGAUCUGUACGGGCAGUGUGUUCAGGUCUCAAUUAUGCGCACGAACACCAUGCGUACCAUUAUAGAGAACACUUUGGAUCAGAUUGAGGAAGACCCAAACAAUGACGACACUGUAACGUCAGGGGAGUUUGAGCUCUCUUCAGAAACGCCGCACAACAAACCGUGUCGCGAGGUGCUCGUCCCGAUCACGACGGAGGGGGCGUGCGCACUCGUGGCCCAAGAUCGGCUGCGAUUCCACCCGAGGUGUGGUAUCCUUGUCAAACUGUCCAACAACAACAAGUCUGCCGAGAGGUCGCGACCACUGGAUGACUAUAACAACGGUGUGGUGAUGACGCACCGGCCCCUCUACGACAACGAGCUCUUCGAGAUACGAAUAGACCGUCUCGUGGACAAGUGGAGUGGCAGCAUAGAGGUCGGCGUGAGCACGCACAAUCCGGCCACAGUCCGGUUCCCGUCGACGAUGACCAAUAUGGACAGUGGCACCAUCAUGAUGUCCGGAUGCAAGGUUCUCCUCAAUGGCCAGGGCACUUGCGUCGCCUACGGUAACUUCAACCUGGACGAGCUAAGGGAGGGGGAUACGGUGGGCAUGAUGCGCAACUCGUCGGGCAAGCUGCACUACUUCAUCAACGGGAUCGACCAGGGUGUCGCCGCGGACAAAGUGGAGCCCCAAGUGUGGGGGGUCGUCGACCUCUACGGGAUGACUGUCAAGGUGUCGAUAGUCGAUCCGUGCGAGGUGAUAACCUCGAACAUGAGCAACUUGCCCUGCGUCUCCAAUCAGCCAGACGUGCCCGCGCCUGUACCUGCGGCCGCUGGCAGGUACAGGCCGCAAAUGGACGAAGACACUCUUUUAUUUCAUUCGCUGCGUGAUUCGUAUGUUGUUAUUAUUAACGAUGGUAAGACUGCUCAUCGGCCUAACGCUUUCGAAUUGUUCAACAACGGUAUAGUGAUGACGAAUCGAACGCUGAGGACCAAUGAGCUGUUCCAAGUGCGCCUGGAGCUGGUCAUACCCAAGUGGGCCGGCAGCGUCGAGAUAGGGGUCACGCAGUAUUCCUCGAAUGACAUAAAGAUGCAUUUCAAGAUGAGCAACGCGAAGGCCGGCACUUGGGUCAUGGCCGGCGAAGACGUGCUGCGCGACGGGAGCGUCAUCAUCCCUAAAUACGUCAGGAACCUCAACCGCCUCUGCGAGGGAGACACAGUAGGCGUGAUGCGUAAGGACAUGGGCAUCCUCCACUUCUUCGUAAACGGAGUGGACCAGGGCCCGGCCGCCUUUAACAUCCCCGAGCAUGUGUUUGGUGUACUGGACCUGUACGGGCGCGUGGCCCAGGCUACCAUCGUGGACACCUACGUGCCCUCCACCGCUUUCUCACCAGAGUCUCCCAAUUCCAUCGACUCCACCGCCACCGUCUAUCCGGAGAUGUGUUUUCACCGCGUGCACGGGCGCAACGCUCGCCUCAGCCGUACGCGCCUCACCGCCUCCCGCUCCGCCGUCUACUCGGAGUUCAACGACGCCGUGCUCUUCAGCUCGCGCCCUCUACGCGAGUGCGACAUGUUCGAGCUUCGCAUCGACUCGAUGGUUGACUGCUGGAUCGGUAGCCUGGAGAUAGGGGUGACGGCUAUCCGGCCAGAUGACCUGGAGGAGUGCGCUUUGGCCGGCACCGCCACCGACCUCAGCUACGACACGUACAUCCUGAGCGGAUCCGCCAUGAUGAAGGACGGCGAGUGCGUGCGCAGCGGGUACGCGCUCGACCUCGACACGCUCUCCGUUGGCAGUCGAGUCGGUGUGAUGUGGCACGCCGACCGCAGCCUGCACUACUACCUCGACGGAAUGGAUAUGGGCAAAGCGUGGUAUGUGCCCCACCUCAACAUCUACGCGGUCGUUGACCUCUACGGCCAGUGCACACAGGUGACGAUUCUGCAGAACGAGGAGAGAAUGUUCAAUUACAACGGCUGCCCGCUCUCCGACAAUCCAUUCUUCGGCUUGCCGAGACUGCUCGCCACGCCACCGCCACCAUAUUGGAGCUUCUCUGAGUACUAUGGAGAUAACAUCCGGCUGAGCCACGAGUACUCAGUCGCAAAGAGGAUGACCCUGGACCCCACGGGGGCGCUGCUUUUCAGCUCUGGUCAUCUUGCAGUCGGAGAAAUCUUCGAGAUAAAGAUAACUCAGUGCGACGAUAGCUUCGCGGGCGGGUUCCGAAUGGGCGUGACCGACGUCAACAUUCUGAACGCGCACGUCAACCGCAGUCUACCGCCGUCCAUCGUGCACCUGCCCCACUACACGGCGUACAUCGACGGUAAAUACAUGAAGUACUCGAAGGCGGGCAGCCGCGAACGGGAUUGGCGCGCUGUGUCGCCCUCGUUCGAGUGGCUGAGGCCGGGAGAUCGCGUUGGCCUCAAGAAGAGCGCGGACGGUCGUGUGUUUGUCUACUACAACUGCGAACAGCUCGACACAGCCUUCGAGCAUGUGCCCGAUAAGGUGUACGUGGCGAUGGAGUUAUACGGAUGCGUGUGCAAGAUCCAGGCCGUCAAGCGGGACAGCGUCGCCGUUCCCCCGCAGACGAUCCCGAACGAUUCGUCACUGUACAUCGAGCCGACGACCGAAGUUGCCGUCGAGGUUUACGAGAACGCGAACGAAUCCGAGGCGACGACGACCCAACGACGCCGCGAGCCGGCGCCCGCUCUGCCAUAUACCUUCCACUACCUCCACGGAGACAACGUCGAACUGUGCAGCUCUGACACCGUCGCCAUUCGCACGUCUGGCUACAACCACGGUGUGGCUGUCGUGAGCCAGCCGCUGCGGCGCGGCCAAAGCUUCAUGUUCCGUAUUGACAAAGUGGUGGACGAGUGGGAAGGCAGCGUCGGCAUAGGGGCGGUGGCCACCCUCCCCGCGGACAACUUGCCCUUCGUAGCGCACUCGCUAGAUCCCCCCGUGUGGUUACUAACCGCCGAUCUACUCUACGACGGCACAUAUCUGAGAAGUCCAAUGGCCUUCAACUUGGAGCAAGCCGCCGUGGGCUCUAUCCUUACUCUUCACUUCCGCUUCGGAGGCGAGUUGGUCGUAGAGCUGGACGGCAAAUCGCUCGGCGUUAUCGGAUCUGUCCCGAGACUCGACGCCCACGUGUACCCGUUGCUCGACCUCUACGGUAGAGUGAGUCAGGUGUCCGCUCUCUUGCAUCCGUACUCGAUGGCCCGGGGUACCUCGCUAGACUUGCCAAUCAUAGUGGAGAGUGUCGUAGAGCUCGAAUUGGAGCCUCGAAACGCCAGUGACAUACGCUUUCGACGAAGCCUCAGCCAACGCGAUCUCCCCGACCACUUCGGGGACACAGAGCCCACGCACGGCUCAGAGGUCUCCCGCGAGCUGAGGCGAGAGAGCCUCUCGACGUACAACUUUGAGUUAACGGAGACAGAGCGGCUCCUCUGCGACACCAACAUACGCCACAACGACCGUUACCCGGAGGCGAGCGACGUCGACGACCUCGACGAAGAGGUGUCGGACGCUCUGGCUCCCGAGCCGACCAAUCUGCCAGACGUCACGGAAGAGCGUUUCCAGAACGGGGCGGAGUCUAUCUCGCCCGAGAAUCUCGCCUACUUGAACCGCAUCCUGGGACUCGAACGCGAGUGCGAGGCGAGCCUCGAGGCGGAGUGGGGCGCUGGUUGCGAGCACCUGCACCUCGUGCUGAAGUUCUGGAAUCAUCUCGUGUUGCCGCACCCGGAGCUGAGGCGCGCCGUGUCCUGGGGCCAGAUCAAGUGCCACUGCUCCGCAUGCGUCCCGGACUCGGACCAACCUUUUGCUGGGUGGGUACGCAUCGAACGGAUUGAUGGAGUCGGGGCUGCCAUGCGCGGCUUCUGGCACAUCGCGCGCGCAACUCUAGCUGCGGCACAGGCGCGAUCGGAACGAGGCCCAGCGCGUCGGCCGCGGCACCUUGCCCCCGCCCCGCUCGCGGCGCCGACCGACAUCUGGCUGGACGAGGAGGGCAAACCGCACCGCACCGCGCUGGCCCUCGAAAUUGACAUCGAAGGCGACGAAGCGGACGAGGACCGACUGCUGGCCUUUCUCGUCCACGUGCGGCCGUCCUCCGCGCCGGACGAAUGA